CACAAAUGUUGAAAGUGAACCACUCUCUCACGAGCAUUCAUCCUUUCGUUUGUCUAUCAUCUUCUCGUGUUUUUUUUGGUGUGGAGGGCAUGAAGCCCUAACAUGAGCAGGCUAGCCUCCCGUCUUUCCAAUCUCUUCUCUCAAGAUAGCUCGGCCGGAGAUACUGUUAAAAGUCAGCGCAAUGGCUAUGCGGAACCAGACUUUGACCUCGACGGCGCACGACAGAUUAAGCGUCCGAGAACGAUGGAGAAGUUGGCAGAGGAGGAGAUAGACCAUGAAUUGAAAAGACCGCCUUACCUUCAUGUACGGAAGUUGUUGUCCAGUCAGUCGUCUUCUGUUUUGCUCACAAUGCGCAGUCAAUGCUCGCUGGAGGCAUUGGUGGAACGAGCGGCGACAUUUUGAUGCACUCCUUAGACACAGUCAAGACCAGACAGCAAGGCGACCCUCAUUUUCCGCCGAAGUAUUCCAGCCUCUCCGAUUCCUACGUCAAGAUUUUCAGGCAGGAGGGUAUAAGAAGAGGUCUGUAUGGAGGUUUCACGGCGGCUAUGCUCGGUUCUUUUCCCGGCACAGUCACAUUCUUUGGAGCCUACGAAUAUUGCAAGAGACACAUGCUCGAUCGGGGCGUGAACCCGUCACUUGCAUACCUUGCGAGUGGUUUCAUUGCCGACUUCGCCGCUUCGAUUGUCUAUGUUCCCUCCGAAGUCCUCAAGACCAGACUGCAAUUGCAGGGCCGAUACAAUAAUCCUUUCUUCAAUUCCGGCUACAACUACAAGUCGACCUGGGAUGCUGCAAAGACGAUAGCACGAAUAGAAGGGUUUGGCGCACUUUAUUCUGGAUACAAGGCCACGAUCGUCAGAGACCUCCCGUUCUCAGCGUUGCAGUUUGCCUUUUACGAACAAGAGCGCAGGUUCGCACAGAGAUGGAGCGGAAAGGAUGAUAUCGGCCUUGGUCUCGAAGUCUUGACCGCAGUCUCUGCAGGCGGCCUGGCAGGUGUCAUGACGUGUCCGCUGGAUGUGGUCAAAACAAGAACGCAGACUCAGAUUUCACCAGAGAACCACACCCAACACAGCCAGGCUGCCCAUUUGGAAAAGGUUGCCAAACCCCCGCAGCGAUCGAAGACACAGACACGGAUGUUGCAUUCGGGACCACGAACUGUACCUGCCACGGCUCCUACGCUGGACACUUCGUCCGUCAUGGUUGGCCUCAAGCUCAUCUACAAAACCGAGGGGAUACCGGGCUUGUUUCGAGGAGUUGGCCCACGAUUUGUGUGGACAAGUGUUCAGAGCGGAACAAUGCUUGUCAUGUACCAAUAUUUGUUGAAGCAAAUGGAACGAUUUGACUCUGGGGAAGGAUCAGAAGUGAUAUAAAUUCUUUGUACAGUCUUUUUUGGUACGGGAUUGUGGCUACAGCCUGAUGAGCCGCUUUGAUGGGAUACCCUGGGCUAGACAUGCAGUGACAGUUUGUGUGACAGACGGGAAUGAAACUAGACUGUACUAUAAUGAACAAAGAUUCAAC